GGCCGCCUCACGAAACAGCCAUCAUGUUUCUGUUUCCAAUGUGAACAUGACCCCGCCAAGAAUCAAACUCCCUUUCAAUCAAACAUCCACAAGAAAACACAAUAAAUCAUUCUGUGCUACUCAUUCGAUACUGAAGAUUGAGAUUCCUUAAUUUCACUACUUGGCCUUCUCGAAAAUACCUCUAAAGGGUCUACACCAACAAGUCACACACCGCCCAUCAUGGGGGUGUCGGCCAUUGACGAGCAGCGCCAGGCUAUUUUGGAUGCCAUAAAGUCAAUCACUCGAGGCGACUGGAAGGUGCUUGUUAUAGAUGAGGCGACCAAAAAGAUAGUGUUUAGUGUCCUGAAGGAAGAUGACAUUCUCAACGAGAAUAUUGCCAAUGUGGAAACACUAGAAAGCAGGAGGGAAAUGAAUCCAGGCAUGGAUGCCAUAUAUCUCCUAUCACCCGAACCACAUGUUGUCGAUUGUUUGUUGGCAGACUUCGAACGUCGAAGAUAUCGCAAGUCAUUCCUAGUAUGGGUCGCCCUUCUCGAUCCAACGAUGCGCCGGCGUAUCGAUUCCUCUAGACAAGCACAGGAACAGUUAGGCGGCUGGGAGACUCUAUCCAUAGAUUAUUACCCUCGCGAGUCGCAUCUAAUAACAUUCAGAGAUCCUUGGAGCUUUCCUAUCUUAUUCCACCCAGCAUGCGCCCCUUUGGUGCGCGAUCAUAUGCAACUUCUAGCGCAAAAGAUUACUGGAAUCUGCGUUUCCCUAGGGGAAUUCCCGAAAAUACGUUAUUACAGACCUAAAAACCCUAUACAUGAAGCAGCGGUUCUCUGUUCUCAUCUAGCCAGAUUUGUUCAGGAGGAGCUUGAUGCAUACCAGCAAUAUAACCCCAGCUUCCCACCGCAAUCUAAUCGGCCUCAAGGUGUUUUACUCAUAACCGACAGAUCAAUGGACACAUUGGCACCAAUACUGCACGAAUUCACAUAUCAAGCCAUGGCACACGACCUCCUUCCAAUCAAAGAUCACGAGAAAGUCACUUACACAACUGUGUUGAAUGAAGGAACUGCACAAGAAGAAGAAAAAGAAAUGGAAAUUACUGAGAAAGAUAAGAUUUGGGUGGAAAAUAGGCACCAACAUAUGAGUAAAACUAUCCAAAAGUUGAUGAGCGAUUUCAAGAAGUUUAUCGCAGAUAAUCCACAUUUCGCCAAUCAAGAUGCGGAAAAUGUCAAUAUCAGUCAAAUCAAAGAUAUGUUAGCAGGGUUGCCACAAUUUCAGGAGAUGAAAGAAGCAUACUCUUUACAUUUGAAUAUGGCACAAGAAUGUAUGAACAUCUUUCAGCACCAUGAGCUCCCGGAAAUCGCGUUGGCGGAACAAACUCUAGCCACAGGACUGGACGAAGAUUACCGAAAACCCAAGGAAAUGGGUGCACAAAUUGUUCGUCUAUUAGAUAAUCCAGCUGUUGCUCCCAAGGAACGAUUACGACUUAUUAUACUUUAUGUCAUAUUCCGAGACGGGCUGAUUACGGAAGAUCUAGAACGUCUUUUACAUCAUUCUGGGCUUCCCCUCUCAGAAAUGAAUGAAAUUCUAAACCUAGAAUUACUAGGGGUACACACCACCAAGAAACUUACAGACUCCAAAACCAAAGCUGUACCAACUCCAUUAUUCCCACCAAAACCUACACCUACUGUAAUCAACGAAGAACUUGCCCUGUCUCGAUAUGAAACCAAUCUUCAACGCAGUCUCGAAGAAAUCACCAAAGGGACUUUAGACCCAAAUAUCUUCCCUUAUACAAGACCUCCCACUGACCCCUCUGAGGAAAUGGCUCUUCAAUCGCAAGCUUCACUUCGUAGCGCCAAGCCUACAUGGGCUCGUGGACGUAGUACCACACCAGAUAACAUGCAAAGAAUUAUUGUUUUCAUGGCAGGUGGAGCUACGUACUCAGAAGCAAGAGCUUGCUAUGAAGUUUCAAAGGAAUGCAACAGAGAUAUAUUCUUAGCUACCUCGCACAUGCUCAAUCCUAACUUGUUCCUGAAGCAAGUGGGGGAUUUGACGGCUGGAAGGAAGCAAUUAGAUUUACCAAUUGACAGACCAAAACCAAAAGCUCCAGCCUAUCUUUUCAAAGCCAACGAUCCGCCUCCUGCUCCACCCGCUGCUGCAACACCUAGACCUCAAGUAGGACUCGGAUUACCGGGCGGACCAGGGAAUGCACCUGCGAGAAGUCCAGGGGCUCCGGCUCCGCCGAUGAAAAGUCCAGGAUAUGACAGUAAACCUUUGGCUGCAGGAAUGCAACAGAUGUCUCUUAACGGUGCAGGAGAUGGAGCUGGCCAUUCCUCCGGAAAAUUGGAGAAGAAGAAAGGUGAGGAUGGAAAGGAGAAGAAGAAGAAGAUGGGAUUCUUCAGGAGUAAGAAAUAAGCGAACAUAACCCAGCCCUUGGACUGGAGCGAUUUCGACGAACAUGGAACUAGCGUAGGGAAAGUUUGAAAUCGUGGUCAAAGAGUUUAUACAUGGAAUCCGAGGCUUAGGUAGCACUAUGCCUGCAUGUAGGGAGUGAGAGCCAAAGAAUUCUAAGCGUGUAAAGAACAAAUGGAGGAAUCGAAGAAUAUCGAACAAUAUUUGCAGAAAGGAUCAUGGUAGAUAUUGAAGGGACUUACUGGUAGUCGGUGAUUGAAGUAUACAGGAUGUACAAGAUAGACAAGCGGCACAGGAACAACAGUAGCAUCAGCGUGUAAUAAGAAAUUGAAAAUUAAUUAAUAACA